CUCGACCACAGUAUCUGCUGCUGAGCGUCAGUAGCGUGAUCGACGCAGCACAGAGGAACGAUUUUAUUCCGCGUCAUGUUUUCUUCUGUUUUUAAGAUAAAAACUCUGCAGCUUUUAUUUUUGUGCCUCUUUCUUCUGACUGUGACUGCAGGAACAACAGCACAUGAAAACGGUGCAGCUCCGAAGCCGUUUGUUGGGAUCCUGAACAUCACAGAGUACAGGGUGCAGCUGAGGUGUGAGGUCAGAGGUGUGUCUCCGAAGCCUAGAGUAGAGUGGAGGGACAGCGAUGGAAACAUCCUUCGUGCUGAGGAGCCACAGGUGUCACACAGAGACGGCCGCUAUGACAUCACCCUCCUCACCACGGUGACCAGGACAAACACCAACCUCUUCCACUGCGUGGCCACACAGGAGGAGAUCGGCCAUGUGACUGAAGAAGAGAUCCUUGUUCCAGAUCAGCUGUUCGAGUCCUGCGAUGGAGUCGCUGUGAUCGUUUCUGUAUUGGCUUCUGGAUUCUCUGUCACUAUAUUUGCGUCUCUGUUGCUGUUCUCAGCUUGUAUUAAAUGUUGUUGAUAACAGACAGCAGAUACUUUCAUCUGUCCUUUUUAUUCUCUGCUGUUCUGUUUCCUCUGGUUUUACGGCUGAUGUGUUAUUUAUACCAACAUUGUAUUUAU